GUUGAAGUGCAAAGGUCAUCAACCAGGAAGCUUGUUGACAACAGCUUCUCUUUAAAGUAGGCACCGGAGCAAAAUGGCUGACUCAAACUCAAAGGCAACCGAAGAGCAGUCGGUGGCAGAAUAUUACACCCAGGAGUUCAAACCGCGGGAGUACCUGGAUAAACAUUUCAGCGCCUUUAAAGGGGAAGACGACAAGGAAUGUGUCCAGCUUUUCAUAAUGGACCACCUACACCAGACAUUCGGCUCAGGUAUUUUCCAGGGAAAGCGACUGUUGGACAUCGGCACAGGCCCGUCCGUUCUGAGCGUCCUGAGUGCGAGCAAAUAUUUCCCGGACAUCACCUGCUCUGACUACCUCCCGGUGUGUCGGGAGGAGCUUCAGAAGUGGGUAGACGGUGACCCGGAAGCAUUCGAUUGGGGUGCGUAUUUCCGGUAUAUCAGCAAACUGGAGGGAAACAGCUCAAGUCCAGACGAAAUAGCAGCCCGUCUGCGAAAAGCUAUUAAAUCCGUGGUACACUGUGACGUCAAACAGAGCAACCCGCUUUGUACUGAAAGCGUUGAUCCGUUCGACGUGGUCGUGUCGUCCUUCUGUCUGGAGCUGGCGUGCGACUCGCCUGACCAGUACCGCGCAGGCGUGGGCAACAUGGCGUCACUCGUCAAACCUGGCGGCGGGCUGGUCCUUCUGGGCGACUUCAAAAACAACAUCAUCGUCGAGACGGAAAAGUUUGCCGACUUCGAACUCAACGAGGCGUUUCUUCGUGACGCUCUGGUCAGUCACGGCUGCACCGACAUCGAGAUUAAACAGGUGUCCAUGGUGGACGAAUGGCCGUGUGAAUUCUUUUACGCAACCGCAAGGAAGAUCUGAAUAAGCCACCUGUUUACAGUCA